AUGGAACUUCGUCGAUUCACAAUGUCGAAUCCGACAGCUGCUUUUUCCAUCGUUGCACACGAAGCAUGGGGUCAUAAAAUUUCUGAUGGAGAAAAUGAUGAGGAUAUAAAUCAAAAUGAUGGACACAAUUCAAGUCAACGAUCUCGACGUCGAUUAAGAGGUCAUUCUGAUCAAGAUUUUAAGCAUGUUUUUAUCAAUCAAAUUGAAUCGAUCAAUUAUACUGCAAAGUUAGCAGAACUUUCGCGUGUAAAAAACCUUUGGGAUACAUUAAUGGAGAAAUUACCAGCGCGAAAAUAUAGGAACAUUGGAUAA